ACUGGCUUGGUAUACGAAGCAGAUAAAAGGAGUCGGUUCAUGGUACAUUUCUGCAGCAAUUACCUUCAGCCAGCCUCUCGAAGCAAAACCUCUUACCACUUGCCCGUCAUGAAGUUCACAUCAGCCGUCAUAUCCCUCCUUGCUAUCGCCCUUCCCAUCCUCGCUGUAACCGAGAGCCUUUCAUACGACACCACUUACGACAACCCCGAUCUAGCUCUCACCUCCGUCGCAUGUUCAGACGGGACAAACGGGCUCAUAACCAAGGGCUACACAACCCUCGGCCAAUUGCCCACAUACCCCAACGUCGGUGGUGUCUACACUGUCACGGGAUGGAAUUCAGCUGCAUGCGGAACUUGUUAUGAAGUGACAUACGGCACCACGACGAUUGCAGUUCUCGCUGUUGACACUGCGAGUGAAGGACUCAAUCUAUCGGAGGAAGCGAUGAAUACGCUUACUGGGAACCAGGCUGUGUUUUUGGGGAGAGUCUCAGUGGAUGUGGUUGCAACGAACGCCUCUGCUUGUGGCCUUUGAAGAUUGUUUAUUUGGUUUUUGGUCGAAGGACAUGUUCAGAUUCUGUACUUUUGGGUGUGCUUAUGGAUUGGAACUGGACAUUAAUCAUAUAUACAUGAAACUGUAUUUCGCUUCCAUUGGAAUGCACAUUUAUUGAGCUCAAGACAUAC